AUGAUGCUUUUUGGAAAUGCUGGAAAUGUGGAUGGAUCUCAAGCAUCAGGGUCUUGGGAUUCACCUAUGCCACAAAGCAAAGAGGGUCCAUUAGGAAAGCUACCUCCUAAAAAAAGAGCUAAAGGUGGAGAACGUGGAGGCUCUAGUAAUUCAAGCAUUGAUGGUAGCCGUAUGGAGACGACUUUUAAUGAAAUGGUUGUUAUAAGCAAUCAAGUUGUUAGCUUGAGAAGAAAGACAACAAAGAGAAGCUAA